AUGCCGUCAAAACAAAUUUUGCAGUGACGUAUUAAACAAAUGUUUGUAUUUUUUAUUUGAACUAAGCAAUAAAAGCAGUUUGAGAUAUUUAUUGCUAAUCAAAGCAAUAAUACUUAGUUAAAAUCUAAAUCGGUAAUUAAUUGUAUUGGUAGAACUACUAAACACAACUCAUCUUAACCUCAAUGCUUUGGCUGUUGUUCUGAAUUAGUGGGAAAUGUCUCCAGAAAUCAAUGGAAACCCUCCAAGUGUUACCAAACGGAAGAAAAAUCGCGAAAAGAAGCCUCAACCAGCACCAACUUUAAAUCCUUUAGAAUUCAACAUGUCGCACUGCAGCUACUUUCCUACAAACCCCAACAACUUUCACAACAUAAGUAUCCCCGAUAUUAGUGCUUAUUACUCAUACUUGAAUUAUCCAAAUCCAUCUGAACCCAUGUCCUUGCCCGUCUAUCCCAUCAACUACCCUAAUUAUUUCCCAUCUAACCCCAAUCUCAAUUUUUUGAGUGCCACAAAACAACCAGUUGUGCCUUCAGUGAAUGGUGACAAUAACGAAUAUCUGAGUUUGCCUGUGCCUAACGCCGAUCAGAGUGAUGAUGUAACUAAGAGAAGAUACUCAGAUCCAGGCCUACCAAAUGAUAGUGAUGAUAGUGGAAGCUCAAUAGAUAGUAAGGUUGUUGAAAAAUUGACUCACCAAGUCAACGUCUUGAAAGAGAGCAACAGAAAAUUGACUAGGGAAGUUAUGGAGAUGAGGAUUGAACUAAACAUGUUGAAGCAGCAACAAAAUUCCAGACAUUUUGACAGGGAGUAUGAGCCAGGGAUGUUGGCUGAUAUUAUAAGGGAAGUUAGGGAUGCAGCCAGAGUUAGGGAGGAUGCCUUAUUGGCCAAGGUUAAACACAUGAUUGAAGAAAAGCAGCUGAGUAUGAACCAUUUACAUCUGGUGAGUGAGAAGAAUCGCAACAACGACCGCAUUUCGAAAUUGGAGGAGCAGUUGAAAAACAUGAGCGUAAACAACUCGAGAACUGAAGACACCGAGGACGCAUCGCCGGAAGAUAGUGCCACCGCCCGCCAAGUGCUCGAAUUAGAGCGAGAAGCUCUUGUUCUCCGGCGGGAGCUUCAGGAAACUCGCGCCAAAAAAGAAGAAGCCGACCAGAAGCUCCUGCACAUUGAGGCAAAUUUCGAGAUGAUUUCUUGGUUGGAUAAGAAAUUGUCCAAUAUCUUGCGACGAAAUGAUAUUUGCACGUCGGAUGCUUCCGAAGAUGGUAAAACUAACUCAAUCGACUCCAUUUCGGUGACAACUACAUCGUCGAUUUCACAGGCCGUUCCAAGAGUCACCUUGUCAGGUCCAGUCACUGAUUUAUGAUUGGUUUAUUUCAAUGUUUGAUAUUAGCAGCAAUACGUUUUGAUAGAUUUUAUUUUAACAUAUUAAAAAUAAUAAUGAAACAUUUUAACGUUAUUAGUUGAUGAUCACAACUGUCGGUCUUCUGAGUAAAUAUUAAUAUUAUUUAUAUUGUAUUAAGUGCUAUUUUAUCAAACUUUGGAAUUUCAGAUAUAACCGAACAUUAAGAUACUGAUGACGAGAAAUAAGGUAAAUAUCAUAUUUUUUAUUGUAAAUCUACACAUGCAUGUCUAGAAAAUUAUGUUCAUGUGUAUUUAGAACGGUUUGUAAUCUUUAUAUUUAUUUUUUAUAAUUUUUUGAUCGCCAAAAAUUCUAAGGUUGUGGAAACAUUCCAUCCAAUAUGAUGUAAAAUAUAGGGAAUAACUGUGCCUUCUUCGAAAUUAAACGAAGAUUUUUAUUCAAUUGUAUAACAAACGCUUUUUACUUUGUCAUAUUUCUUAUCCGCCUGAAAUAUUUAGGUAUUUGGAUUUAUCAUAAUACCUAUGUAACGGGUGUUUUUAAAUUUGGCGCCAAAGCUGUCCAUGAAAGUUUGAAUGUGAAGGAACAAUCGUAUUGAAAGUUAUUAAUCUGACAUUUCACACCUCUCUAGGCGUCUUAAAAAUAUAGUCACCCACUAUGAUGCCAAAUUAAAAAAAAACACCCGUUACAAUAAUAAUGAUUUUUUAUUCAUUUAUUCUGCCAUAGCUAAGAUGUACAAUUUUUUUAUUUGUUUUGUAACACUGCCUAACUCAAGUAGGAAUCAAGUACUUAAGCAAGGCGUAAUCGAUAAUUGUUUACUUGAUUGAAUAACAUUCCAAUGGGAUGGCUAGAUUUUAUUUUUAGUUGAAAAAAUGCAGUCAUUUUAGGAUUUUCCGAAUAUUUGAUAAGAAAAUUACUCCAUUUGAUAUUAUUAAUAAAGUAAUUUUUUUUUUGUUAGAUAUAUUUUCUGAAAUGACUGUAAUGGUGUAAAACAUGACUGGUGCAUCAGAAUUUACUUAGAAUAGUGAUGUUUAAUCCAAAAAUAAUAAAUACUUAUAUUUUUCUAACA